AUGAAGUCUUUCGCCAUCGUCGCCUCUCUCGUCGCCAUCGUUCCCGCCGUCCUCGGUCUCACCGUCGAUACUCCCGCGAGCGUGGUUCAGUGUCAGCCUAUUCAGUUCACCUGGCACGAUGGUACUCCCCCGUACUAUCUCUCGUUGAUACCUGCUAACCAGCCUUCGGCCGCCGCGAUCAAAUCUUUCCCAACUCAGACUGGCACCACGUACACAUGGAAAGCUGACCUUGAGGCUAACACCAACUUCAACAUCGCCUUGAAGGACACCACCGGUAACCAGGUGUACAGUGCUCUGGUCACCAUCCAAUCCAGUUCCGACAACACCUGCCUCAACACCACUGUUGAUGAGGGCUCUGCCUCUAGCAGCUCCGGAUCGUCGGCCGCCGCUUCCGGCUCGGCCGCCGCCUCGUCCGGUAGCGCUACAACAGCCAGUGCAAAGGCUAGCGGCAGCAGCAGCAGCUCGGCUGCGUCCGCAUCCUCUUCCACUGCAGCCAACAGCUCGAACGGUGCUUCUCGCUCGACGGUGACCGGCCUUGGCAUUGCGGGCCUCAUGGGUCUCGUUGGUGCUGCCCUCUUUUGA